ACCCCUCCCUUUCUCUGGCCCUCAUCCAUUGGCUGACUCUCUUGAUCUGUUCCAGGUAUUGGUCAGUCAGGACGCCGGUCAGGAAAAGUCCCCCCCCACCUCUCGGCGCCUUGUAGGUAGGAAGCCGCCGGAGAGUCGUAGUCUGCGAACCUCCAGGGUUUCUCCUCUCCCGAUAGCGUCUGUCAGUAUUCGGCGAAGACAGUACCCUUUGAUUUUCAUCGUCUGGCUACCUUCACUAUCCACUACCAGCCACAGCUCCGGGGCUGGAGUAUUGGGAUUGAACCUCCAGGGCCUUGCACAUGCUAAGCAAGCGCUUUAUCACUGAUCAACCUCCCCUUUUAAUUUAUAUAUUUUGAGACAGGGUCUCCCCAAAUUACCCGGGCUGGCUUCGAUCCUCCUGCCUCAGUCCCCCAAGUAGCUAAGAUUACAGGAUUGAACCACUGCUCCUGGCUCCAAAAUUUAUAUAAUUCUUAUCGAGAGAGGGAGAGAAACCACGUAUGAACCAACUCUAAUUCUAUGCAGGGGAUAAAUACUACAGAAGAGUCAGAUUUUUAAAAAGUUCAGAGCCAGAAAGGGGGCAUUUAUGGCAGUGGAGAUGGUUCUUAAGCUGAGUUUUGAAAGACCCCAUGGAGAUGAAGAGGGGAAAGGCCUCCUUGGAGAAGCUCAAAGAAGGGAAAGUGCCAGGUGAAUGCCAGAAAUUCCAUGAAGCAUCUUCAGGCCAGAAGAGAGACUAAUGUGAGAGAAACUUUGGAAGAACAGGCCCCGGAUUUGAUGCCAAGAUCAGUGUGAACUUUAAAUAGAUCUUGUUGAUGAACCUGAGAUAUAUCUCCUCAGAGGGCUUUUCCCUUUUCAUUAUAAUCCUCUGGUUGCUUGCCUCUCUGCCUGCCAGUCUGUAAGCACGUUUAAGACUAAUCCACAGUUGUCUAUCUGGUGGUCUUCCUCGCCUAGGCUACAUAGACAACCCUCCCAACGUGAACACACAUCCAGUGUCCUCUGGGGGUAGUGGAGCCAACCCCAGAACGACUGAUUGAUCAUGACUUCUAUUAAAGAACAGGCAGCAAUUAGCAGGCUCUUAAGCUUUUUACAAGAGUGGGACAAUGCUGGCAAAGUUGCAAGGAAUCACAUCCUCAACAAUUUCAUUCAAACCAACCAAGGCAAGACUUCCCCUGAAUUGGAGCAGGAGUUUUCCCAAGGAGCCAGCUUGUUCCUUGUACGCUUGAUCACCUGCCUUAGAAUCACCUAUAUGACUGGCUCAUGUUUAGAAAAGCUUCUGAAGUCCAUUGGCAUCUUCUUAUCAGCUGUGGGCAGUAAUCGAUACCUGAUAGAAUUUCUGGAGGUCGGAGGUGUCCUAACACUCUUGGAAAUACUUGGACUGGAGAAAAUUAAAGAAGAGGACAAGAAGGAAUCCAUCAAGCUACUUCAGCUUAUUGCAAACUCUGGCAGGAAGUACAAGGAGCUCAUUUGUGAAAGCUAUGGUGUACGAUCCAUAGCAGAAUUUUUGGCAAUAUCUAAGUCAGAAGAGACCCAGGAGGAAGUGCAAGUUCUGUUGGAUUCUUUGGUCCAUGGUAAUCCCAAGUACCAGAAUCAAGUGUAUAAAGGUCUAAUAGCUUUGCUGCCCUGUGCGUCCCCUAAAGCUCAGCAGCUGUCCCUGCAGACACUCAAGACUGCCCAGUCCAUCAUUGGAACCACACACCCCAGCAUUGUGGACUGUGUGCUGAAGGUGCUAGGCACGAUGCACCUGGAAGUCCAGUAUGAAGCCAUUGAGCUGAUAAAGGACCUGGUCAACUACGACGACGUACGCCAGUCACUGCUCAGGGGCCUGGUGGCACUGCUAAUACCAUCAGUCAAGGAGAUGUCCAAACUGCAGCCCAAGAUCCUCACUGUCUCCCCGAUUCUCCAGCUCACCACCCACCUGCCAGUGUUCUUGCAGCAGGCCGCGGCCGCCAAGACCAUUGGGGUUCUGGCGCGCAGAGACCUGAGCACAGCUGAGGAGAUGCUGCACAUGCGCGUGGUGCACAACCUGAUGGCCGCCAUGGGCAACACGGACCACAGCAACAGCCAGAGGCUGGCCAGCCUCACGCUGGAGUUCUUCGUGCAGACGUUCCCGGUGGUGGAGGAGCACGUGCGCAAGUCCAUGGGGGAGGAACUCUACCAGCUCUUCCUUAUCCACCGUGAGGAUUUGUACAUGAAAAUAGAUAGCAUUCAGGCAGACAUCUUGACAGCCAAUGAAGUCAAUGUUGCCAAAGUGUUAGAACUUGAUGAAGUCCCCAACAGCAGCUCGAGCGUUGUAGUUGACCCUGGUGAUCUGAAUCAGAUGACUUAUAUCACACACUUCACGGAGGCAAAGGCACAGGAGGAUGAAGAGGCGGAAUCAAAGGAGUAACAAACCCGCUGUGGCAAACCAGGAAGGCCAAGGUUGUGUGGCAGGGAAGCCUGACAGAUGGCAGGAAUCCGGGGUCAAGUGCAGGGUGACUCUACUUGGCUCCAGAGGAGGCUGGGGUUUAUGCAUGCAGUGGGAAAGAAGGAAGGUUGCUGGCUGGAAAGGGUCUAAUAAAAAGUCUUGAUAUCUGCC